AUGAUCACGUCUCCUAAAUCGCCUUCGAGAAUCAUCCUCCUCGCGGCAUUUUUCUCGCUGGUAUGGUGGACUUUCUUUCGCUCCUCGCCCUACACUAGCGGCCUGCACGAGAUUGCGAGCGUUGCGCUUCCGCCGCUCGAUUUUUUAACAGCGACGUCGAACCGACAAGAGAAGCACGCACAGCACUAUGCGUCGCGGGAAGCGCGCGAGUUUUGCGCCGCGCAUGGCUAUUCCAUUUAUACACCACAGCGCGCGUCCGGCGAGCGCAAAGUAUACGACCUUAUGAUGGUGAAUACCGAGCUCGAUUUUCUCGAGAUUCGCCUCCACGCGCUAUACGAUUACGUCGACUACUUCAUCAUUGUUGAGUCGCCAAAGACGUUUCAAGGGGACAAGAAACCACUCGUAAUUGCGGACAAUUGGGACAGAUUUCGUCGCUACCACGAUAAGAUGAUCUACCACGAAUUGACGUAUCCCAAGUCGUUCAACCCGAAGCGCGCAUGGGACUACGAGGAUUUACAACGAGACGCAAUGUUCGAGCAGUCCAUGAAUCAAUUAAAAGGCCCGAAAGCGCCGAUAAAAGGCGACGUUAUUGUUGUUUCCGACGUUGACGAGAUCCCGCGACCCAAAUCGCUGCUCGUGCUCCGCACCUGCAGCUUUCCGCGCCGCCUCACGCUCGGCUCCAAGUUUUACUACUAUUCGUUCCAGUUCUUGCACACAGGGCCGGAGUGGCAGCACCCGCAGGCCACCUUCUACCAAGGGUGGCGCACCAUCAAGCCCACCAACCUGCGCAACGGCGAUGGCGGCCUCCCUUGGUUCCGCGAGCAGGAAAAGGGCGUCCUGAACAAUGCCGGAUGGCACUGCAGCAGCUGUUUUGCCACUAUGGAGCAGUUCCUUAACAAGAUUGCCAGCUUCUCCCACGGCUGGAUGAAUGACGAAGAAUACAGAGACCGAGACAAGAUUGCCAACGCCGUCCGGCACGGAAAGGAUGUCUGGGACAGGGACGAAGAUCAGUUUGACAGGAUUGUGAACAACCAGGAUAUCCCGCCACUGGUUCUCCAGGAGGGAGAGCGGUUUGGCUACAUGACGAGUCGGGAUGGACCGUCCGCAGGGUUCAAAGAUUAUCCAUGA